AUGCAUUCACAUACCUCAGUUAGAGAUUCCCUUGUUGGAUUAGGUUUGGCACUCUUCUCUAUCCUAAACAUUGAAUUAAUGUCAGAGAGUUUGGCAUUCUCAUUUGUUGCUCUCAUGCUCCCAACCAUUGCUGCUAUUUACUUGGGUUUUGCUUUGGCUUCCAAUGGCAAGAUGAAUGUUUUCACACAAAUUGGUGCAGUUGUUUUAUACACUGGAUUGGCAAUGUAUGCUUUGGAGCAUCGUUCUUGGUUGACCAAUGCAAUUGGAAUUGGAAUUCAUGCAUUGUGGGAUUUACUUUUCCACAAGCAUGAAAGUGUUCCACAUUUUUAUGUUCCUUUCUGUGCAGUUUUUGAUAUUUCUUUCUCAUCUUGGUUAAUUUACAGAUAUGUCCUCUAA